AUGAAGACUUUUUCUUGGAUAUCUUCACUCACGGUUGUGCUCGUCAGUGUGCUUUUUGCUUACUUUUAUACCACCAACCCAGCCUUUGAGCUUGAGCGCAUCAAAAACAUUGACAUCCCUGCCUCGUUGGACAUCCUCAGAGACAACAUCAAGAACUACUUGAACCUCACCUCUGCCACCCCCUCAUCAGACAUAUCCUCACCACCACCCACCACCACUACCACCGUCAUCACACCAGCCCAGCUAGCAACAAUGUCCCGCAUCACCCUCCCCCGCCGCAUCCUCAAAACCCUCCUCGCAAAGCAGCAGUCCGAAGGCGCAGGCGCCACAGUCCGCCGCUCCAUCGGCACCCCCUCCCUCCGCUCCCUCAACCCCUUCCUCAUGCUCGACCACUUCUCCGUCUCCCCCGGCGCCGGCUUCCCAGACCACCCCCACCGCGGCCAAGAAACAAUAACCUACCUCCUCACCGGCGGCAUGGACCACGAAGACUUCGCCGGCAACCGCGGCACCCUCAACCCGGGCGACCUCCAGUUCAUGACCGCCGGCAAAGGCAUCAUGCACGCCGAGAUGCCCCGCCAAAACCCCGAUGGUUCCCCCAACAUCGGCCUGCAGCUCUGGGUUGACCUCCCCAAGGAACUAAAAUACUGUGAGCCACGGUAUCGGGAUCUCAAAGCGGAGGAGAUACCCACCGUCAUCACCGAAGACGGCAAAGUCAAGAUCAAGGUUAUUUCUGGCAAGUCGUACGGUGUCGAGUCCCUCAAAGAUCUAGCGUACACACCCGUGGUGUUCUAUGACGUGGAGGUCCAACCGGGGGGGAAGAUCGAGCAGGAGGUUCCCCAGGGGUGGCAAGGGUUCGCUUAUAUUCUCGAGGGGGCAGACAUCACUUUCAGUGACGGGCCCCAAGAAGAGAAGAAAGUCUCACAGUGGCACAACGUCGUUUUUGGCAACGGAAAAGAGGAGGAUGGGGUUGUUGCACGGGUGGAGGAGACCGAGACAAAACCGGGGAGGUUCGUCCUGGUUGCCGGGCAGAUGAUGGAUCAGCCUGUUGUGCAGUAUGGUCCUUUUGUGCUCAACAGCCAGGAGGAGGUCUACCAGGCGUUUGUCGACUACCAGAGCCACACCAACGGGUUCGAGAGGGCAAAGGGGUGGAGGAGUGAGAUUGGGAAGAGUAUGGUUCAUUAG